AUGAGUAUCACGUCCAACAUUAGAAUAUUUAGAAGAAUGGUCCACCACAAGGUUACUAUCAUCGGCUCCGGCCCUGCUGCUCACACUGCUGCCAUUUACUUGUCUCGUGCCGAGGUCAAGCCCACUUUGUACGAGGGUAUGUUGGCCAACGGUAUUGCUGCUGGCGGUCAGUUGACUACCACCACCGACAUUGAGAACUUCCCCGGUUUCCCCAAGGGUAUUUCCGGUACCGGCUUGAUGGAGGCCAUGAGAGAGCAGUCCGAGAGAUUCGGCACUGAGAUCAUCACCGAGACCAUCUCCAAGGUCGACUUGGCCCAGAGACCAUUCAAGUUGUGGACUGAGUGGAACGAGGACGCUGAGCCAAUCACCACCGAUGCUGUUAUCAUCGCCACCGGUGCCUCUGCCAAGAGAAUGCACAUUCCUGGUGAGGACAAGUACUGGCAGCAGGGUAUUUCUGCCUGUGCUGUCUGUGACGGUGCUGUGCCACUUUUCAGAAACAAGCCUUUGGCUGUCGUGGGUGGUGGUGACUCUGCCUGUGAGGAGGCUUUGUUCUUGACCAAGUACGCCUCUAAGGUGUACCUCCUCGUCAGAAGAGACGUCUUGAGAGCUUCUACCAUCAUGCAAAGGAGAGCUCAGAAGAACGAGAAGAUUGAGAUCUUGUGGAACACCUCCGCCACUGAGGCCAAGGGUGACGGCAAGGUCUUGACCUCUCUUGACAUUGUCAACAACAAGACCAACGAGAAGUCCGAGCUCCCCGUUAACGGUUUGUUCUACGCCAUUGGUCACAUUCCUGCCACCUCCGUCUUUGCUGACCAGCUCGAUACCGACGACACUGGCUACAUCAAGACGGAGCCUGGUACCGCCAACACCUCCAAGCCUUUUGUUUUCGCUGCUGGUGACGUCCAGGACAAGAAGUACAGACAAGCCGUUACUUCUGCUGGUACCGGCUGUAUGGCUGCUCUUGACUGCAUUGCCAAGCUUGAAGAGGAGGAGGCCUAA